GAAAAUGCUGGGCGCUGUGGGCCUCCCUGAACUGGGCUGGCUGUGUUGUGAGAUAUACCGGGGGUGGCGCCUGUCGCCACAGAAACACAGUAACUGCCGCACAGCCAUAGAGGAUACAUCAGAGAACGGGGACGCAGGACCCACUGAAAAAAUGGGAGAAGAACUUGAUUAUUUUCUUGAAGAACAAAAGAAAAAACUUGCUCAAGAUAUAGCCGAAUUGGAAAAGGAUCCACCCUAUAUGGAAAUAAGGAGUAGUGGGCAUGAAACUUCGCGUGCAGAUAACGAAUGGAUCUCAGUUGCUAAAGAAAACAUCCCCCCAAACGGACAGUUUAAUGAAGAUACUGCAAACAUGAAGCAAAUAGAAGAAACGAGUUAUGGUUUGAGUUUACCUCUUGGAGAAGAAUAUGAGAGGAAAAAACAUAAACUCAAGGAAGAGCUGCGUCAGGAUUAUCGGAAGUACCUCAAUCAGGGUAAUGCUCAGGUCAAACGAAAGAAACAUUUGAGAUCUACGGGUGAAAUUGAUCCAUCAACUCAAGGAAUGUCACUUCCAAUUGGAGAGAGGCUCUCUGGAAAGGAAAGGCUGCGACUUGAGAGAAAUCAAGAAUACAACCAGUUUCUCAGGAUGAAGGAAGACGACCAUGAGAGGUUCAGGGUAGCAGCAGUAGCAAAGCAUAAUCAGAAUGAAAAAACAGUUAUUAAGGGUAGGUUACAACCCCAACCAGAACCACCAGUUCAGAUGCCCUACAAAGAUUAUGAAGUAUCAAAGAAAAAUUCAUAUACCUCCAUGGAGGCUUAUGAGGAGCUACUGAAUAAAAGAAGGUCUGUGGAAGAUAGACAGCAUAGGCGAGAGGUUGAAACUGAACCUCAAGAGCGGACAAGUAGAAAAGCUGAGGAAGCCCAUGCUUAUAGGAAGUAUAGAGCCUCUGAUAGGGAUAGAGAUGUGCUUGACCGGCCACGACAAGUUCAUGCUGAAUUGGACGUUGAACGAAGACCACAGAGACUUUAUUUGGCACCAGAUGUAAGAGAAGAUGGUCAAAGUAGACCCCGAUACGAAACAGAUCUAAGAGAAAGACGUCCCUUAAGACAUACCGAACCAAAUGAAAGAAUUCCUCAACAUUAUUAUGCUGAUAGCCAUGUAUACCAGCCCGAUCAAGCGUCCUACUAUCAGAUCCAGACACAAGAGAACAGGCCAUACAGAGAGAGGAGAGAUCGCGAGCUUCCAAUUGACUAUGAAGAUGAUUUCAGGGAACAGUCACACCGAAGACCUAUUUCUGCAGUUACAAAGUCCAGACCUAAAAUUGAAAACCCAAUUCAAAAUACUGAACGCUCAAAAUCGGCACAUGUGAAGGACGAACACUUUGCUUCUACCCUCCUUAUUGGGGGAGGAGACCAAGAUGCCCAGCAGAAAAGGAAAGAGCGUUAUAGACAGGAUUUGAUGGAGCAGAUGGCUGAACAACAGAGAAACAAGAGAAGGGAAAAGGAGCUUGAACUAAAGGUUGCUGCAUCAGGAGCCAUAGAUCCAGAAAAACAACCUGACAGGCUUCGGCAGUUUGGGGCAGUGAAUCGCCAUCAAGAUGUACCUGAUCGAAAUGUUCCUUACCGGCCUGGAGCCUAUGAGUCAGAAAAAACAGGGAGGAGGGAUCAGAAGCCUGCGUUUGAGGAUAAGGCCCCUCCAGGCCGACCAAGAGUAGCUUUCCAAACCCCUGUUCCGGAGGUAGUUGUACCUGCUAGUAAUUUUCCUGCAAAUGAAGAAUUCCACAGAGGACUUUCAAGUGCACUAGGGGAAAUUGUUGCUCCCAGAAUUGCUGCAGUUCCUCCACCUCAGCCACCAGUACUCGCAGAUAACUAUCGAACACCUUAUGAUGAUGCUUAUUACUAUUACGGUGUGAGGAAUCCACUGGAUCCAAACCUUGCGUAUUAUUCCCAAGGCAUGUUGGGUUUGCAACCUACUCUAGAAAGCAGCAUUCCAGCAACACACUUAAUAAAAAAUCAGCAGGAAGAUCAAAAUUUUGUUAAUAGACAACCGGUUACAGAGAGAAGAGGAGCUUCUUUGGGAUUAUUUCCUGAAGAGAAACCAAAACAAUCUAAAGCGGCAGCUAUUUCAUAUCAGGAAGAGUUGGAAAAACAGAUUCUAGAAAGGAAUGAAAAACGUAGGAAGGAAAAGCAAGAGCAAGAGAGAUAUGAUGCUAAAUUGGACGAAGAAAUAAGAAACUACAAUCCCUGGGGUAAAGGUGGCGGUGGUGCACCCCUCAAAGACGCAAAGGGAAAUCUUAUAAGUGAUUUGAAGAUGAUGCAUAAACACAAUGAAGAUGCUUAUCAGAAUCCUGAUGCGAAACCUCUUGAAGACAGGAGAGCUGUUGUUGCAGUCAAUCUAAAUCCAGCAGAUACAGGGUCAUCUACAAGCAAAAUUCCAGGUUUCUCUUUUGCAAACAACUCACCUUACGCAAGAGGAACCAUAUUUUCUGAACCUCAAACAGAACAACAGAUUCAUCAACAAGAAUCCUAUAAGAAUUUUUUACGCCUCCAGAUUGAUGAGAAGAGACGAAAAGAAGAGGAGGAGCGAGAAAAAAUAAGACUUGAAGAGGAAAGAGAAGAGAAGCGUUUAGCUGAACAGAGGGACAAAAUUCAACGGGAAUAUGAAGAGGAGCAAAAUAAGAAAAAACUUAAAGAGGAGGAGCAAAGGAUUAAAAAUGAAGAACUAGUUCGUCUAGCAGAGGAGAGGAGGAAAGAAGCUGAAAGAAAACGGAAAGAGGAGGAAGAAAAGCAUGAUAAACAACUUAGGCAAUAUUAUGACCAAGAAAAACAAGCGACUGUGUCAGAAGAGGAAUUAAAGCCUUCAAGACCACCAUCGCCAGUGAUUCCAGCUCUUCAGCACAAACGCUCCUCCCGUGUUAAGAGACCACCCACUGCUGAGAGCCGCGUAUUUGUCCAAUCAAUUGAUGAACCACAGUCCAGGGCUGUUUCUCCACCUGUUCCUGCUAGAAGAAACCAACUUAGGGCCUAUGAUGAGAAGACAAGUGUAAUUAGUGAGCUGUCAGAGUUAAGGAAGCAGCUGAGAAGUGAGCAGAAACGUUUAGAGGGCCGAUUGCAUGAUGCUGAUAGGGACGACACAUCUUCUGCCUCUAUAAGUGGCCGAAGAAGGGAAAAAAAUUCUGCUGAUGCGUUUGACCUGGCUCGACAAAAACUUCAAGCUACAGUACGGAGGCCGUCAUCAAAGGCACAAGAUGCUGUUAAUAUGCACAACAUCAGAGAGUUUAAUGACCUUAAGUACAGAGAUACAGAUACCCGGGAAGGUGUGAGGCACAUGUACCCUGACCCACCAAAUGACAACCAGACAUUAGACAUCCAGCAGCAGGCCUUGCUUAGAGAACAGCAGAGGAACUUAAAUAGAAUGAAGAAGAGGACAGUGAUGCCUGAUGAGUUUGAAAGGGCUCCGGUCUACAGUUUGCGGCACGUGGGGAUGCUACGGGAUCAACCGAGUGACCUGAUGAAAACCUCACUCUUGGAGUCAGAGAGUGCAUUUAUUGGGGAAAACGGAGAGCCCUAUAUUCCCUUUAGGGACACAACUCCAGAUUUGCACCGGCUUCCAUCAGCAAGAGACAGACGAAGGCACAAAAAUAUAGCUCCGGAUUAUGAUAAUGAUAUACCUCCUGUGCCUCCCAUCCCCCUGCAUCAGUUGGACGGCUUCUCCUUGCGAUCAGGGUCCAGCAUUAAUGUGGAUGAAUUACAAAUGCGAAAUGAAGAACGCUUGAGAAGACUGUCAAAGUUGCGAAGGAGCUCAAUGAGCACAGAUGGUGAUCCUGAUGCCUUGGGAGAUGCAGAAGACAUUCUAAAACUUUUCCCUACAAAAGCAGGAGACAGACCUCAGUCUGUGGACACAGUAGCCACAGAUCCCUGGUUGCGCCCUGGGACCUCAGAAACACUCAAAAGGUUUAUGUCUGGGCAGCUGAACCAUGACAAACUGAAUAACGAUAAUGCCUUAAACUUCAACUGGCAGGGCCUAUCGACCGCGCAUGGGUAACUGCAACACUUCACUUGUGCCUUGUGAGCAGGGAAUGAAAAUUACUGAAGCACUUUAUGCUUUAUUUUGUUUUAAAGUCUAAUGAAUGGAAAUUAUAUCAUAAAGUAAAAAUUGAAAUGCCUUUAUUUAAAUGAAUGUUUAUUCUGACAGGAACAUUUGCAUAUAUUUUUGUGAGGUAUUUUUGGAGGAGAAAAAAAGCUCUGAAGACCAUAAACCUUUUGUUGGUAAUGAACGUGUUUACUAGGUCAGUGCUUAUGCUGCAAUAUUCUGUAUUGUACAUUUACACUUUUCCAGACUGUGAGCACAAAAGGGUAUUUUCGCAGCGCUGGUUCAGAUGUGCUAAACCGCGCUGUUGAAUACUGCAGGGAUUCUUUGCAAAAUGAUUGCACUUAAAUAUAUUUUAGUUCUAUUAUGUAACACACAAAAAUUUUGUAAAUAUGGACCAAAAUGGCAACAUAUUGUUUUCAUUUGGAACGUUUAUGAACAGCAUACUUGAAAUAUAGCUUAAGCGGAAUUUUAUUAUUAUUUUUUUCUAUUUAAUUAUAGCUAUAGAAAUCUGUUUCCAGGUAACUAUAAACUAGUUCAUAUAAAAUAAUUAAAUAGUAAGAAAAAGUGAAAUUGUUUUAUUCGCUUAUUUUUAUUGAAAUUUUAAAAAUGAGAAAUUCAAUACAGAAAUAAAUAAAAUAAACAAGACUAGGAGAAAUGUGUCUCUUUAAUAGAACAUUAAAUAAUAUAUGCAUCCAGACAAGCAGAACAUUUGCUUUAGGGAGCCUAUACAAUUUAUAUAAAUGAGUAAAUCCUACAUUUAAAUAGCAACAAAUGGAAAAGCCUAAAUAAUACCAACAUUCAACUGCUUGAUGGACGGAGCCCCUUCUGCAGUCAGAGUAAACGUCCCUGGAAAUACAAGCGACUAUUAACUUAUAGGCGUAAAGAGAGAACUUGUUCAGCAUUGCAAAACGACGCCGUAGUUGCUAAAAAGUUACUGCUUCCAUAUGCAAUUUAUUCUAAUUGCAAAGUGAAGCUAAUCAAGUUAACACAUAAGGCAAGUAAAGUAGAUUGAAGCCUCUUCCAGUAUCAGGGAAUUAGUUUUUUGGCAGAAUUCACCAAAUCCUUAAAUAGAGAGGAGCAAAAUUUACAUGGUACUUUGAGUUUGCCAUUUAAGAAAAGAAUCACCAGAGAUUUAGGUAUUUUACAAUUAGGCGGGUGUACUACUGCCCAGUGUAUAUCAUCCCAAUAGGAACAAAUUACUUAAUAGUCCCACUAUAUGUGUAGUGGGGUGCCUAUAGCUUCACAGCUUCUCCAACAUUUGUCCGAUACACUUGGGUAUAUUUGGUGGUCUAUGGGGUGUAAGAUACCAACAAGAUAACAGUUUAAUGUUUGUUUCUAAUGUUAGGACUGACGAAGAACUCUUGGUUGUGUUGAUUAAAAUUAGUUGUUUCUCUUGUGGAGUAAAUUAGGUUUGAAAAUCAUCUUUUCACUUUCCCAGGUAUAAUGAGAUCUAGAAUCCACAUCCAGCAGUAGUUUAUAGAAGAUGGAGGGCAAAUGUUGUGCUGGCUUACUAGUGUUGCAAAUAUGUUCAUACGGUGUUAGGGGGAGAAUGUUUUUUAACCUUUUGUUUAUGUAAAAUAAUAUAGUCCCUAACUUGAAAGUAUGACAACCAAUGUGUUAACGGAUAUCCAAACUCCUCUUUAAGUUCCCUCAUAUAUUUCAAAGCCCCUAGAUAAGGAGUUUAAAAAUUGGAAUAUCACACAUAAAACCAGAUGUAUUCAUGUUUGAGGGUAUCUUGGUAACAAUGGAGUCAGAGGAGAGGUGAUAGCUGAUAUUGAGGGUCUUCUAUGUUCAAUCCUACCCCAUACAGUUUAUGAGGUCUAUAUUAAGAAGUUCUCAUAUUUUAGUGUAAGUGGUUCAUUGUCCACACAAGCUACCAAGGUUGUUGAUAGAUGUGAGGUCAUCUUCCAAACCCAUCCACUGCUUAUCUUCUCUACCUCUGAACCAAUUCCAUAUACGUACUAAAUGGGAUGCUUGAUAAUAAAGUGAAAGAUUAGGUACUCCUUUCUCUUUUUGUCAAUAUGACAAGUGCUUAGCUAAUCCAAGGCAUUGUUUAUUCCAGAUAAACUUAUUAGUAAGAGCUUGGGCAUCUAAAAAAAAAAUGUGUGGAAACAGUAUAGGGAGUGUUUGAUAAAGAUCCAAAUUUAGGGAGUAUAGACAUUUUUUACAACUGCUAUCCGACCCAACCAAGAUAAUUCAUUUUUGCUGUUAUUGAGUAGAAUAGUUAUUAAGAUAAAUCUCUUAAUCUUUUCAAGGGAAUAUUUAAUUUUAUGAGUGGCGACUUGAUAGUUAAAGUGUCUUUUUAAUUGUUGCGUGACUAUUAAAGGGAGAUAAAAAUAAUAGGACCAAGUACUGUACUCUAAUAUCCCAUUAUCAAGAUAUUAGAAACUGGAUUGGACAGGGUCAGAAAAAGUACAUUUUAGUAUCAGUACUUCAGAGUAUACUUUGCCUUGAAUGUAUGCAGGGUUUAAAUUGAUGUCUAGUGCAGUUUUCAGUAUCCUAUACAGGCUAGAAUUCAUGCUUGAGCACUAGUGGGUUAUUUAUUGGUUUAGUUAUUUUAGUUUGAGUCAUUUGUUAAAUAUCCUGAUGUGUUAUAGAUUGUAAAAAAAUAAAUAGAAAUGCUGGAGCUUUAUACAACAAACCAUGUAUUGACAAAUUCUAAUUUCUUGUUAUAAUAUGAUUUUUUUUAUUGUGUAUAAAUGUGUUUGUUUUACUGUUUAGCCUUAUUUAUUCACACAGCGUUACUGUUUGUUUAGCCUUAUUUAUGCACUAAGACAUUUUGUUUGUAAGUUAACUAUUCAUGUUCUAAAUUACGUUUUCUAACGUUACUAAAUAAUUUGAAAUGCUUGUCAAUAAAACUAUAUUUUCUUACCAUA